AGAAUUCCAAAGAUAGAGUUUGACGAAGAGGAAAACCGAAAAUAGGCGCAUUUCUCAAAUCAAAGGAAAAAAUCAUACCGUGUGACCUCAAAACCGACAACUUUACAAUAGGUCGACUUGACGAAUAUGUAUGACCCAUUUUUCUCACCGGGUCAAAAUUAAAACGGGUAAACAUGACAAAUCAACUCGAGAGUUGACAACCUUAAUUCUAUUCGAUCAAAUCAUACCACUUUGUAUAUUUAAAUUUUAAUCGUACGGUCACUUUUUCUGAUUUCAUCUCUUUUUAGGGAAAGUCUGUGGUUCCAUCUCUACGAGUACUAGUAUAUUAUGGUAAAACUAAAAACUGAAAUAAUGACCGCUCGCUGAAGUUGCCUGGAUCGGCGAUAAAAGAAAAGGGAAAAUAUCAGUAAUAAACAAAGAAUUCUACAAAAAAUGAUAAUUAGAGAAAGGUGAUUUUUCGGAUUCGAGAAUUGGGUAUGCAGUAAGCAUCUCCUUUCCUCCCCCUGUGGUUAGAUCGGGACUUCCCAUCUCUCUCUCUGCUCUGUUUCUUCUUCUUUACUUCUCUUCGUUCAUUUCCCCUUUUCUUCUGCCCUUCCUCGCUUUGGAUUCACAAUCUUAAUCCUCCACUCUAGCUAGCAGCCUUCCGUUUCAACUAGCGAGCGCCCAAAAAAUGUCGGAGAAAGUAUUCCCAGCUUCGAAACCGGCGGCAAAUGGCACGGCCGGGACCAACGGCACCGCCGCCGCCCCGGCCGCCGCCGCCACCACCGUCCCCAACCCAACUGCCGCCACUAACAAAUCCCACCUCUACAACCCAACUUCACGCCUGCCGUACCGCCCCCAGCCCCACAACCGACGGCGCCGAACGCGGAGCGGGAGGAGCAUCUGCUGCUGCUGCUGCUUCUGGACAAUUCUCGUGAUCCUCCUGCUCCUCCUGGUGGCCGCAAUCGCCGGCGCCGCGCUGUACACCCUCUACCGCCCCCACCGCCCGGCCUUCUCGAUCCCGUCCCUCCGAAUCCAUCGCCUGAAUCUCACGACCGCCGCCGACUCCGCCACGUCCCACGUCUCUACGCUCCUCAACUUCACGGUCAUCGCCAAGAACCCCAAUUCCCACCUCUCCUUCUUCUACGACCCAUUCACCGUCAGCGCCUCCUCCGGCGACGUCUUCCUCGGCAACGGGACCCUCCCGGCGUUCUCGCUGAGCAAGAAGAACGAGACGAGCCUGAGGAACGUGGUGGUGUCCGGGUCGAACGAGGUGGACGCGGAGUCGGUGAACGGGCUCAGAUCGGAUCUGAAGAAGAGGAAUGGAGUGGCGGCGCUCAAGAUUCAGCUGGACACCAAAGUGGUUGUGAAGGUGGGGAAGGUGAAGACGAAGAAAGUUGGGAUUCGGGUCACCUGUGAGGACAUUAAAGGGACGGUACCGAAAGGUAAGGCUCCUCCCUCUGUUGCUGUAACUGCUGGGUCCAAGUGUAAGGUGGAUCUGAGAAUCAAGAUCUGGAAGGUCACUUUCUGAGUAAGCUUUCAUAGUCAUGGAUCCAAUUACUGUUUUUUUUUCUUCUUUUUCUUCUUAUUUCUUCCCCACCCUUUUACUCAAAUUGCUCCCAUCUUAAUUCCUUCUUCUUCUUCUUGUAACCUCCUCUUUGUUCUUUUUUCCCAUUGCUCGUUUGGGUCUGUUUUGCUUUUCUGGGUUUGUCCUGUUUUCUUCAUCUUUUGAUCUUUGGGGGGGAUCUGUAAACAUUUUGCGGAAUUUGUGAACAUUGCAAUUACGAAUUUGAGGAAGAGGAUGACAGAGGUGAUUCAGAUCGGGAGAAGGAAUAUUUCAUUUUCUUGAGCUUUAAGGUUUUCCCUGUGUUGUUGAAUUUUGGAUAAUACAGUCGAGGAAAUGUUCUGUUUGUAGUUGGAAAGAUGAAUCUCCUCCUCCUUCUUGGUGAAUUCUGUCUGUGCCGAUAUGAGUUUACGGUAAAGUAAAGCAAAGUUGGGAAGGGAAUCAAAUGGGUGGCAAAAGGAGAGAAACAGAACGCUAGAUCCAAGAUGGGGAGGAGGAGGGUGGCUUGGCUUUUGGCUCCUCCGGGGUUUCCUCCUCCCUCUAUCUGCUAAUUCUGCUUUAACUAAUUAAUAAUUAAUUAUAUAUCUCUACUGAAUUCAGUAGUAGUUGUCGUUUUUUAGUUUGUGGGUUAAGUUGAUAAAAUGGGCGGUGCCUGUUUUCAAUUUCAUUAUAAUUUUUCUUUUAGGAAACAUGGGGAAUGGUGGAGGGAAAUAGCCAUUAGUAGGUCGGUAGGCUGCUGCUCUCUGUUCACUUCCGCUUCAAUUUCAGAACACAGAGAGGUGCAGAGGUCAGAGAGAGAGAGAGAGGGUGUCUUUCACUUUUGACUUGGAUAACAGCAAUUGCGCUAUUGUGCUGCUGAAGGCAUUUGCAGUCGUUGUUUUGGUUUGAAGUUGUUGGACGCAUUCAUAAUGUUGGAUUGGCGGGUGUGAUGUAGUAGGGAUGGAAUGGAAUGGAAUUCAUCUCAAUUGAAGAUUGAAGUCUGAACUCAAUAACCCCCACCAGCCGCACGUUAAGCGCAAGGGAGGCUGUUGUUUAUUUCAACUUUUAAAUUUUGAUAAAUUUACACAUAAAAAUUGCAAUAAAUUCUAAAAGUAGACUAGCUGUGAAGGCACUACCCCCCAAUCUGUAACAAAUUUACUUUCAAUUACUUUUUGAUAAUGGCAAUGAUCUUAUUGCAAUAAGAAAACUAACACAAAACUGUACAAACGAAAGCAAAGAAGAUCAAAAGGAUUGGUCCCCCAAAGCGGAAGAAGCAAAGGAAACAAAAGAAAAGAAAUCGGAAGAAUUCCCAGAAUACAGUAAAAAUUAAACAUAAUUCCCGUAAUACAUAAGAUUUAUAAACUUUUCCCAAAUUAUCCAAGUUUCAAAUGGUUCGAGUCCCAUAAACUCAAACAACUAUCAAGUUCGACGAUGAAGAACUCGAACUGGAAUCAGAUCGAGUUCCUAAAACUCGAUCAACAUUAGUUCGAUUUUGGAGAAAUCGAUCAAGGUAGACCAAUGACAAAGGACUCGAUCAUAGUAGAUCGAGUUUGGAUAACUCGAUCCAGCAAGAUCGAUGCCAAAAACCUCGAUCUAGUAAAACGACUUUAAAGCACUUGAUCCAUAUCUGCACAAGAUCGAUGCUUUAAAACUCGAACAACCUAAAUCGAUUCCAAUGGGCUCGAACUACUGGUCAACCGAUAUGCUUCAGGAUAGGGUUGUAGGGAUAAGAUUCUUUGUUGUCAUAGAUCGAGUUUUAGGGACUCGAACUAGGGUAGUUCGAUUACACUGAACUCGAACCACUGCUCAAUCAUUCUGUCCAGUCACUUUCGGUCUGACAUGCUCCAGAAUAGGGUGCAGGGGUAAAAUUAUUGGUUGCCCUUGAUCGAGUUUAAUGGACUCGAACUAGUGUAGUUCGAGUUUUUUGGACUCGAACCACUCCAUCAGUUUACGAGGAUAAAAAGCCAUCACUUAG